AGGAAAUCAAGCGAUCAACGUUUGCUCCUCCUCAGUAUGUUAGGUGUUUGCGACAGUUGAGAGCGUGUUUGGGGCAGGGUGAGAUGAGACGAUAUGAGCGAAAGAGAACGAGGAAUGUAAACAACAACAACUACAACUAGCAGGUCUGGUUCUUCAAGCAACACUCACAGGGACAGGAUGUCAUUCAUUACUGACUUCCAGCCACAACAAUUCAGCAUAUGCUGAUAAUACCCCAUCAUUCUACAAGGGAAGAACAAAGAAGUAACAACUGCAAUCUGUCUGACAUAUUAUGGUAAAGAUGGAGUUUGUUAAAGAGGAGAUUGAAGACAUGAUUGAUCCAGAACCAUCCAGAAUAAAACAAGAAGAUACUGAGGAACAAACAGAUGAACAAAAAAUCUUAUGGGUUCGAAACUACAUGAAGACUGGAUGGAAGCAAUGGAGCAAAGACACAAUCUGAAUGAAGUGGAGGAGAAAUGUGACUUAAAAACUCAAGGAACAAAUGCCAAAAAGACGCACACCUGUGCUCAGUGUGGAAAGAGUUUCAGACAAAAAGGAAACCUUAACACACACAUGAGAGUUCACACUGGAGAAAAACCGUUUACAUGCACUCAGUGUGGAAAGAGUUUUACUCAAGCAUCUGGUCUCAAUAAUCAUCUGCUCCAUCACUCUGGAGAAAAACCAUUCAACUGUGAUCAGUGUGGUAAAAAGUUUAAUUCGUCAUCAAAUCUAAAAAGUCACCUGAAAGUUCAUUCAGAUGAGAGACCUUAUAUGUGUUCUUUCUGUGGGAAGAGUUUUUCACGACUGGAUGGUUUUAAACAGCACCAGAAAAUGCAUAAUGUAGUGAGAGAUCAUGUAUGUUGUGACUGUGGGAAGAGCUUUACUACACCUACUCAACUGAAACGGCACCAACUAAUUCAUACUGGAGAAAGACCUUACAAGUGCUCCGUUUGUGACAAGAGAUUCAAUGUGUCUGGAAACCUGAAAGUACACGAGCGACUUCAUACUGGAGAGCAGCUGUACAACUGUACUUGGUGUGGGCAGAGUUUCAAAUCUUCCAGAGGUCUCUGUAAUCAUCUGCGUAUUCACUCUGGAGAAAAACAAUUUAACUGUGAUCAGUGUGGUAAAGAUUUUAGAUCAUCAUCACAUUUGAACAAAGUUUAUUCAGAUGAGAGGCCUCACUUGUGUACUUUUUGUGGAAAGAGUUUUUCAUGGCUGAACAGUUUUAAACUCUACCAGAAAACAGAUAAUGGAGUGAGAGAUUUUGUGUGCUUUGACUGUGGGAAGAGCUUUACUGCAGCUGGCCAACUUAAUCGGCACAGAAGAAUUCAUACUGGAGAAAAACCUUACAAGUGCUCAUAUUGUGAGAAGACUUUCACUCAGUCUGGAAACCUGAAAGCACAUGAGCGAGUUCAUACUGGAGAGAAGCCGUACUACUGUGCUCAAUGUGGAGAGAGUUUCACCCAAUCAACAACUUUAAGAAUUCAUAUUAAAAACCAUUGUCAUGUGUCACACUGAGCAAAUUUUUAUCCUCAGAUCUAAUGCAUUCAAGAAAAUCAUUUUAGAUUCAGUAUAUGAAGUAAUUAAAUUAAAUGUGUAGUUGAACUUGCCUUGCUGUGAAAUACAAUGAUAUUUGUGGAUGUGUUUCUAUCUUGGAGAGCAGCAAAAAUGUGUGAUCACUGUAAUCUUUAAUCCAAAAUUAAAAGAGUCUGGAAACAAAUGUAAUAUAAACCACCAAACGGCCAUUUAUAAGUAUAAUACGAUUCCUUAAAUUUGAGAUUUAUCUUUAAUACGUUUUUGAAUCAUGUUUUUUAUAGAUAACCUACACAUUUCUCUUCAAUUAUAGGCUCUGUAUAAUAAAAAUAAAAUGACCAUUUCACUGACAACAUGUUUGUUUUGUGUGAUUUUAAGUAAUGUGUUAUUCCUUUAUAAUAUUGUAGUCUGAUAUUUGAUUCUGUUCAGAGGUAGUAAUAGAUUUAAUUCCACAAGUGAUGAUCUUGUAGUUCAAUUUUCAGAAGAUCUCAGACAUGACAAUAAUAAAUGAGGUGAAAACAGGGAACUUUUGGAACAAGACAAAGAGCUUUGCAACAGUCUAAGAUGCGACUCAGCUCCAUAGCUCCUGAAUCAGUUGUGUACACAAAUUUGGGCACUGGUAAGGACAGUAAAGACCUUGGCUCACUACACAUUUUAGACCGUUUUAGCCCUUAUGAAGGCCUGUGUGCUGAAAUGCGUUGGUGGUGUAAUAAACAGUACUUUUUUUAAGCCACACUGAUUAUUCUGACCUCUCUAUUUUACAAGUGUUGCUGGUAUUGUUAAAAAUA